GUUAAUGUAUCUAAUAGUAAACCAUGCAGAAAUUAUAAUGAUGGGCAAAUGUUUUUAGAUAUGAAGUUGGAAAAUAAAUUAAAUGAAAAUGAUUGCAUAGCAUUUGAUGGUGGUUACUACUACUAUAUUAAAAAAUCUAUAGAUAAUUGCGAUAGAAAAGGAAAUGAUAAAAUAAAUCUUAAUAAUUUUAUGUUUCCUAUUAGAAAAAGUAAAAAUAUAGACUUAAAUGAUAAUGAAUUACUAUACAAUGAAACUUUUGGAAGUUUUAGAAGUAAAAUAGAAUCAUAUUUAAAAAUAUAUAAUGUACAAAUAAAAUUAUCACUUCUAUUAUUAAAUAUUCAAAAGUUUUGUCAGUUAUAUAAUAUACCUAAUAAACCAAAUCAUCUGUUAUGGGUUAAUGAAAACUUUGAUUAUCCUAAUCCUAAUAGAAAUAAUAAUAUAAAUAGCAUUAUAUAUGAAUUUGAUAUAUUAAGAAUUACAGAUAUGACUAAUCAACAAGAUGCAUUUAUUUGA